AGAGCAGUGCGGCACGAGGAUCCGUAGGAGAAAGUCACAGUGAACGGGACAGUACUCGGCACUUGUGUGUAGUCUGAAAUACUAUACAACGAUGAAUCCGAUGAGGAAUCUGACGUCAUAUCUUCUAAUGCUAUUAUUUCUAUACAUUAAUAGUAUUCAAAGCAACACGACGCCAACGCACGGAAAGGUCGUUGCCUGUUAUGUCGCUACGUGGGCAAAGUAUAGACCUUCGUAUGGCAAAUUUACAUUGGAUAAUCUUAAACCACAAUAUUGUACACAUUUGAUUUACGCUUUCGCGGGCUUGAAUACGACUACUUGGGAAAUACAAAGUCUUGAUAGAUGGAAUGAUAUCGAGGAAGAUGGAAUUGGUAAUUACAGAAAAAUGACAGCUCUUCGUAAUCAAUAUCCAAGAUUAAAAGUUUCGAUAGCUAUCGGUGGUUGGAAUGAAGGUAGUGGAAACUAUUCUAUUCUUGCUUCUGAUAAAGAAAAGCGAAAAAACUUUGUCGACAGCGUUUUUAAAUUUCUUAGAGAAUACAAAUUCGAUGGCAUCGAUUUAGAUUGGGAAUUUCCUUCGCAGGGAGAUGGUAAACCGGAGGAUAAACAAAAUUUCCUCUUACUCGUUAAAGAUUUGAAACAAGGAUUACCUGAUUUUAUAGUAACCUCAGCUAUAAGCCCAAAUAAGAAAAUAAUUGACGAAGGAUAUGACAUUCCGGAAAUUUCCAAAUACCUCGAUUACAUACACAUUAUGGCCUAUGAUUAUCAUGGUUCAUGGGAUACAGAAAUUUUUCCGAAUGCUCCGUUAUACAGUCAAGAUAAUGCAAGCGUGGAUUUUACUGUCAGCUAUUUACUAAAAUUAGGAGCACCACCUGGAAAACUCAUUCUGGGUUUACCUAUGUACGGACGAACAUAUAUUUCAACUGACAACUUUACUUCAGGUGAAAUUCCUAUUGGAACACGCUUUGAAUCAGAAGGUUUUAAAGGACCUUAUACUGGUGUAAAUGGAACUAUGGGUUAUAAUGAAAUUUGUACAGAACUGAAGAAUACAAAUUGGAUGUCUGGAUGGGAUCUUUAUAGUAAAACACUAUACGCGGUAAAUAAAAACCGAGUGAUUAUGUACGAUAAUCACAGAAGUUUAAGAGAGAAGGUAUUAUAUGCCAAUAAAAUGAAUUUAGGUGGCGUUAUGGUUUGGAGCAUCGAUACCGAUGAUUUUCACGGAAAUUGCGGAAUUGAAUACAUAUUAAUGAAAUCUAUCAAUAGAGCUUUUAAAAAUGAAACAAAAGAAGAAGAUGAAAAUAAAGGAAAUGGAACAAGUAGAAUAUUUUCCUUGUACAAUAUAUUAACAGUAUUUUGUGCCAUUGUUAGUAUUUUUACUUUGACAAACUUAUAAUUUAAAAGAAUAGAAAAAAGAAGGAAAAUAAAUAUUGUUUACUUAUA